AUGGUAGAAUUAGUCAUGAAGUUUUAUUACGAAAAAGAUGAUUAGAACAAGAAAAACAAAAAGAAGCAAACUUAAACAUAAUAAGAAUCUCAACCAAAUACAAUAUAUACAAACUUAUAUUAUCCUUCAAACAAAGUACAUUGUGAUAAUUGCAAAAAAGACAUAAGCAAAUAAGUAAAAAUAUACUGUACAUUAUCCAAUGCAGACAUAUGUGUAAAUUGUUUCGCAGAUGGAAUAGAAUUUGAUAAUCAUAAAAUAGAAGAAGACUAUAAUGUAAUAAAUAAAUUAAAUUAUCCUUUAAUAAGCGAAAAUUGGACUUGUGAGGAAGAACUUUUAUUAUUUGAAGGAUUAUAGAGAUAUGGUUUUGGAAAUUGGAAUGAUGUUUAAGAUCAUAUAGGAACUGAUAAAACAAAAGAGGAAAUAGAAAAACACUACGAAGAUUAUCAUUUAGACAAAAUAAAUAAAUAAUUUUAUCCUUAAGAAUUUUUAAGUUUUAUUGCUGAAAGAUAAGAAAAUACUUUAGAAUUAAAAAUUUUAAAUAAUCUUAAUAAUGAAAUAUUUGAAGAUAAAUUUUUAAAGAAAAAAUUCGGAAAUGUUUCUGAAACUAUUGGUUAUAUGCCUUUAAGAGGUGAUUUUGAAGUUGAAUAUGAUAAUGAUGCCGAACUUUUAUUAGCAGAAAUGGAGUUUAACGAUGAUGAUAAACCUAAUGAACUUGCCAUGAAAUAUAAAUUGCUUGAAAUAUAUAAUGCUAGACUAGAUGAACGUGUUAAAAGAAAAAAUUUGUUAUAGAAAGAGGUUUAUUAGAUUUUAGAAAGAUCAAAAGAAGAAAAAGAAAUAUAUAAUAUGAUGAAAGUUUUUGCUAGAUUUAGUACUCCAGAAGAACAUGAAAGAUUAGUUUAAGGAAUUAUAAAAGAAAGACAAAUAAGAUAAAAAAUUGAAGAACUUAAAACUUAUAAAAAAAUCGGAUUAAAUACGUUUGAAGAUAUUGAAAUUUAUUUAAAUGAAAAAAGAAAAAAUGAUGAAACUUAUAAUAAAAAAAUGAAACAAAAUGAAAAAAUUAUUAAUGAAAAAGCCAUUAUAAAUAAUAAUAAUUAAUAUAAAUUUUUUUUCUUUAUAAAUAUUUUUAUAUAUAUGUAUGUAUUUUUAUAUUUUUUUAAGGAAAUUAAUUUGUGUGAAUAAUUAGAUAUAUCUCCUUAUGAAUAUUUAGUUAUGAAGGAAGUACUUGUAAGAGAAGCCGUAAAAGAAAACUUUAUAAAAAAAGAUUUUGCUGAAAAUAAAUUAAAAUUAGGUUUAUUUUAAUUAUAGUAUAAAUAAUUAUAUAAUAUUUAUUUUUUAAAAGAUAAAGAUAGAGCAACAGGAAUAUUUGACUUUUUAGUAGCUAAUAAAUAUAUACUUGAAAAAAAACAAUGA